UACCUUCUGAAACAAUUCGAAAACCUCUCCGCCUCCGCCGAUUCUGACGCACCUCGCAUCACCUCUUCUUAGCUUCCCGUUCUCUCUGCUUCGUUCUAGUGUUUUUGUUACUCUUUGCUUCAAAUAUGGGAAGGGCAAAGAAACCUCAGAAGUUUGCUGUCAUGAAGAAGCUGAUAAGCCAUAAAGCUUUGAAACAUUACAAGGAAGAGAUUCUGAAUCCAAACAAGAAGGACCUCACGGAGCUUCCGAGAAACGUUCCGAGUGUUCCUGCAGGGCUUUUCUUUUCUUACAACGCUACAUUGGUUCCUCCUUACCGGGUUUUGGUGGAUACUAACUUUAUCAACUUCUCUAUCCAGAAUAAGAUCGAUCUUGAGAAGGGAAUGAGAGACUGUCUGUACGCCAAUUGCACUCCUUGUAUCACGGACUGCGUCAUGGCUGAGUUAGAGAAGUUAGGUCAGAAGUAUCGGGUAGCUCUAAGGAUUGCUAAAGAUCCUCGCUUUGAAAGAUUACCUUGUGUACACAAAGGGACAUAUGCUGAUGACUGUCUCGUUGACCGAGUUACUCAGCAUAAAUGCUUCAUAGUGGCUACAUGUGAUAGAGACUUAAAGCGAAGAAUUCGAAAGAUUCCUGGUGUGCCGAUCAUGUAUGUGACACAACGCAAGUACUCAAUAGAGAAGUUACCUGAAGCUACACUUGGUGGAGCUCCAAGACAGUGAUUAUUUAAUAGAGACCUUUAUGGAUUCCAAGAAGCUCUGAAGCGCGAGUUAGUAUUGAUUUAAGCUAUGACUCCAAAGAUUUGGAAACGCUGUGUUGUGUUAAGAGAUCUUAAGCCCUUUUUGCUCUCUGUGUUGGCUUAUCUGUUGUUAGUUUGAUACAAGGUUGGUUAACUACAUCAAUAGAAAUCUUUAUUAUGCUUAAAUCGAUUACACAGUUUUGUUUA